CGAUGGAAACCUCAAAGUUACACAGUUUACUUUGUUAAUAUCAAAUUGACUAUCUGCAAUUCUUUGUUCAGAAAUAAUAAUUCCUUAUCAAGCUAGAAAAGUCAAGGGCUAGCUGUAGUUGCUGAGUGCUUUUGACUUGAAUCAGAUACCAUGGCAACCAUGAAGUUGCUGCUCUUUUCUGCUCUAUAUUCUGCAGGCAUUCAUGUGAUCUCCUCGCUUACGGACCCCAAUGAUGCUUCUGUGCUCCAUACCUUGAAAGUGUCCUGGAAAAACACGCCACCGAGCUGGGAUAAUUCUUCUGAUCCCUGUGGUUUUCCAUGGGAAGGAGUCAGCUGCAGCGGUGCAAGGGUGACUGCAUUGGGAUUAUCAACCAUGGGCCUCAUAGGGGAACUCAGUAGCUACAUUGAGGGACUCACUGAACUAAACUCCUUGGACCUGUCAUUCAACCCUGGACUCCAAGGUCCUCUUCCUCCACAGUUAGGGGAUCUCCCAAAGUUAAAUAUCCUGAUCCUAGCUGGCUGCAGCUUCAGUGGCAACAUUCCAGAUGAGUUGGGAAAUCUUGAACAGCUAACGUUCUUGGCUCUGAAUACAAAUUACUUCACUGGUAGCAUACCUCCUUCUUUAGGUAAGCUCUCCAACCUCUACUGGCUUGAUGUGGCAGACAAUCAAUUGAGCGGACCUCUACCGAUUUCGACAUCCACUUCUCCAGGCUUAGACCUCUUGUUAAACGCUAAACAUUUCCAUUUGAACAAGAACCAGCUUUCAGGUUCUAUUCCACUCGAGCUUUUCAGCUCCGAGAUGAUAUUGAUACAUGCGUUACUUGACGAAAACAAUUUUACUGGGAGUAUUCCAAUGACAUUAGGACUUGUUAAAACUCUUGAGAUGGUUCGGCUUGAUAGAAAUGCUCUGACCGGAAGUGUCCCCUCAAACCUUAACAACCUUACAAAUGUCAAUGAACUAAAUUUGGCCAACAACAAAUUGGCAGGCCCCUUGCCUGACUUGACUGGAAUGAAUUCUCUCAAUUAUGUAGACCUUAGUAACAACUCAUUUGACCCAUCUGAAGCUCCACUUUGGUUCUCAACCUUACCCACACUCACCACUCUGGUUAUGGAAUUUGGAUCACUUCAAGGGCCUGUGCCAGAGAAGCUUUUCAGCCUUCCAGAAUUACAGCAAGUGAGACUGAAAUACAAUACGUUUAAUGGUACAUUAAACAUGGGCGAUAGCAUCAGUCUACAACUGGAGCUUGUGGAUCUCCAGAACAAUCAGAUUUCCCAGCUCACUAUAGGAGAAGAAUACAAAGAUGCAUUGAUACUUAAAGGGAACCCGAUAUGCUCCGGUAGUCUAUCAAACACUACUUGGUGUCAGUAAAAAUGAAAAUGAGAGCAGGUGCAAGAUUUGGAAUAAAGAGGGUGCUGCAACAUCUUCUAUAGGAUUUUCUAAACCUCCUCAUGAGAACUACAUUGAAAUUAUAAGCCAAUCUUGUAAACGGGGAAUUAUUUAAUUCUUUCUCUUCAAAUAAAGCCUUCUAUUCUAUGGAUUCAAAAUUUGUCUCAUAUAUCUAACUUGAAUGAAAUUUUAGAAAGAUUCUGGAAACCUAUGAAAGUUUAUGGAUGAAAUUAAGCUCCUGA